CAUCAAUAUUCUGCAAUACUCUUUCCCCACUAGUUUCUCUCCCUCUCCCUCUCCCCCCACCCCAAUCUCUCUCUUAUGAACUUCUUAAAAUAGGUGCUGAGCAGAGAAUGAAUACAUAGAAUUUGGGAGUGCUUUUCACUACAAUCAGAAAUGCCUUAAACCUGUCUUAGGAUGUUUACCUGGGAGCAUACGUCAAGUAAUGCAUAUUUAAUCAGCAACUCUCAUCUCUGCCCCUCCCUUUGAUAAAGGUUUGCUAUGGAUACAGGAGAGCAAGAAGCAGACUAUUCCCUCCCCCGUGGUAGUAUAAUUCUGUUUCUCUCUUUCUUCCUUUCCCAAGUUGUGACGCUCAAAAUCAACUGAGAUACUGUCAAUGCUUUUAACAACUGUGUCAGAAAUCUUGCAAGAGGAAGUGGUUCAAGAGAAAAAGAAGCAGGAAAGAGUGGGGGUGGGGGUGGAGAGGAAGGCGAUACUGCUCUCGCAAUUAGUCUUAGUUGGGCUUGCAGAGAGACCAACGAAGCCGCACAGAUGGUGAGCAAGUUUGUGAGUCAAGAGCAGAAGAAAACUCCCUUAGGUCCUGGCGCCCAGUUUGCUUCUGGAAAACAGCCAAACAAGGGAGCUUGAUGGUGGAGGAAAAGAAAGUUUCUCCUAGCAAGAUUUUUCUGUUUCACUCUUGCUUGCUUAUUUUAUUAAAAGAAAGAAAGAAAAAAGCCAACCCCAUUAUCUGAUUUGCUGAUGAGAACAAACUGUUACAAGGCAUGGCAAGUGGAAGCUGGAGGAGGUGAAACUACUGUGCUCACUGUUGAUUGCACAGGAACUCGAUUGAGAAACUGCACUGUUGCUGCAGUGAGCUGAGACUCGGAGGUACCUGGCUGUCUGGCUUCCUGGAGUUGACAUGUUCUGAAGAUCUCGGAACCCUUCCUCAGAUGACUGUCCAUAACAGCAUGAGUAGUGGCUACUGUAGUUUGGAUGACGACUUGGAGGAGUGUUUUUUUACCGCCAAAACCACCUUGUUUAGGAAUCCCCAGAGCAAACUUGCUGCAAAGAAUGUAACAAAGACAGUGGAAGAAGCAAAACCUAAACCUCCUACUAUCCAACAGCUGAAAGAGAUGAUUAGCAAUUACAACUCAAAAGUCAACAAUUGCUUGCUGAUGAAGCUGAAUGAUGAUGACACUUACACAGGUUUCAUCAAAGUGCACCUAAAACUGAGGCGUCCUGUGACAGUCCCAGCAGGGAUUAGGCCACCAUCUAUUCAUGAUGCUCUCAAGGAAGUCAACUUAGCUAACAUGACAGAGAAAAGAACAUCGUUCUAUCUACCUUUGGAUGCCAUCAAACAGUUACAUAUCAGCAGCACAACAACUGUGAGUGAGGUGAUCCAGGGACUUCUGAAGAAAUUUAUGGUGGUGGACAACCCACAGAAAUUUGCACUUUUCAAACAGAUGCAGAAAGAUGGUCAAGUUCUUUCCCAGAAGCUUCCAGUCACAGAAUGUCCUUUGUAUCUCCGGCUCCUAGCAGGCCCUGACACAGAUAUUCUGAAUUUUGUGUUGAAGGAAAAUGAAACAGGAGACGUUGAGUGGGACAACUUCUCUAUCCCAGAGCUACAGAAUUUUCUAGUAAUACUAGAAAGGGAAGAAAAAGACAAAAUCCAGCAAGUGCAAAAAAAAUACAGCAAGUUUAAACAAAGACUGCAAGAGGCCUUGAAAGAAGCAAAUGGGAAGCCCGGAUAAACAAGUAUGGCUGGCAAAAAAACCCUCAAUUUUAGAGUCUUAAUAAAUAAUUACAUAUAUUUAAAAGAAAUAGAAACAAAACUGAACAACUUUUUCUUUCUCAGGACACUUUUCUGUUUGGUUGUAACCCAAGCUUUGCUUAGAACUGGUAGUUACAGAAAAGGGAAACUGACUCUCUAGUACCAGAAGUGGUGGCUGCUUUUCCUUCUCCAUGGUCGUACUGCCUGGAAACCCUGCAAUGAUGCUGAAUGUCUACUUUAUUUGGUUGGUUUAUUGUACAAAUGUUAAGGCUGGACUCAAAUGGCUAUCUUCCCUUCCUGCCAUCCUGAUACCUCACCUGUGGAUUUGUGUUAUGUGCAGUAGACAUGUGUAGUAAAUGUGUUCUCUGUAGUCAGUUCAUCCACAUAACCAUCAGCAAACAGAAGAACCUUAGUCUGCUACAAGUGAGACACAUUAUAAAAGAUGCUAAACGUAUUGUUGCACUAGAAAAACAAAGUGAACAAUUGCCAAGGAAGUGGCAGAAUAUCAGCAUGGCUUCAGGAAUGAGCUGUGGACGCGAGAAAGAGGACAUUUCUUGGAGGAAAAAAAUCCUUCUGAUUUUAGGAUUCUGAUAUAAAUAGGAUGUGGCAUAGCCCUACUGUUGGAACCCCCUUUGCCCUAAUGCAGAAUCAGUUCUGAAGGCUUUGGCAGCUGAUUGUUAUAGUUACCUUUAUUAAUAUAUGUUGGAAGCAUUAGUCACGUAUAAUCCUAGAAUUUAUGUGAAACCUCUGAAAAGAAAUAAUCUGAGGUGCUAUUGAUACUCAAAUAAUAGAAAAUGAGUUGCAAUUUGCAACUGCUUCAGCUUACUGGCUCUUUCACUUUGCAGGAUCAUGCCACCUGAUUAAAGGUGUAAGUUCCAAAUAGCUGACUCUUCUGUUUCUGUUUUGGAAACCUAAACUUGAGAAAUAAAAAAUAAAUGUGACAAUAGAACAAAUAUUAUGAAAAAUGGGCAAUGCAUUUAAAAACAUGGGCACUGUUAACUAAACUCUUACAGUUAUAUAGAAUUUCCUGUUUGACUGUUCUGUUGUAGUUGCAGGUGUAUGGGAACAACUCCUGCAAGAUGAUAUUUGGAACACGACUCUGAAUUAUGCACUCGCUUAUAAUAGAAAUGGAUAAAUUGGGAAUGUAUAUGGCAACUGUGGGGGAGUCAAGCACAGCUUACAAAUGAAUUAGAUUGUCUCGCAUUGGAGUGGCCGGUAUUGGAGUGGCUGCGGUUUGCUAGAUGGUGUAGAAUAAGAGACAUUAUUCUCCUGUUUAUAAGAUUGGGUGAGACCAAUGAUUCCUUCAUUUUUUCCUGCUCCACCCUUUUCUGAGUAUAGUUUCAACAAGAGUUCAUCGAGUCAAACUAGGAUUCAUGCAUUUCCCCUUUGAGGGCUAGCUUAAGCAUGCAUGAGCCAUUUAAUCCAGUAUGUAAAUUGUCUUGACUCGGCUGACUGAGCAAACUCAAGACUCCCUUUCCUUGCUUUGCAAAUAUUUGCCUGUUGUUUGAAACAAACAGGAUCAUUUUUCUUACAUUAAUUUGAUAAUUCAGCCAGUACCAAGAUUCUAAUUUUAUUAGGCCAAGAGUUAAUCUGUUGUCAGAACCCAACAAAGCCUUCUUUGAAGAUUGUUUAAGCAUAUGAGGGCGGGGGCAUAUGAAGGGGAAAAGAUGUUUCCAACUCUGGCAUUGUGGGGUUAUGUAUAGAGGUGUAUCUUGCAAUUAAAAGAAAUUAAUCACAUGGGAGAAGCAAGGAGAAAAUUUAACUAAGUUCAUGCUGAAGCAAAACUACACAGAAACUGUAGAUGAAAUAAAAAUGUGAAACCCCAGGAGUUUAUUGUGUCUACAUAAUUAGAGAAAAGGAAGAGUGAAGCCAGUUUUGUUAAGUCAUUAAAGAUAUUCUCUCCAAGAGGGAUAUUAUAUAUUCUGUUUUAUUUUCAUCAAAGAGGGAGGAAAACUGUUUCCUGCUCUUCCCUUUGGCAUGUCUUGAACAUUUCUAUAGAAGGCAUGGCUUCUUAUGCAAUUGAUGUUAAUGCUGCUGACUAACCCUCCUGUAUAUAGGCAGGUGGGUGUUUUUUUUUUAAUAUUAUAUAACUAGGGGCAUUAAGCUGAGG